AUGACAACACGCAGCACCAAGAGCAACCGCAGCGGCUAUGCUCCUCCCGCUUCCAUGACCGACGGAGACGUCUACGUAUUCCUUCUCCAGGUCGCCUACCAUGCGCAUCUCACACAAGCUCGCAGGGAAGCCAAGGCAAAGGCUCGCGACAGCCUCGCCGCAAAUGCAGCCGCCUCCGCAUCGCCAGCCACGACAAAGAAAGCCGCCGAGCCUAGCUCCAAAGGCGACAGCUGGAUGGGCUUUGCCGGCCUCGCAGACAUGAUCCGCGACGUCGGUGGCUCCUCCAAAUCAGCGCGCUUCCCGGAAAAGCUCAUCAAAAGGCUCAACGACCGCCUCGAACUCAUCGCCAUGGGCCGCGAUGCCAACUUCAAAGAUCAGAGCCUCAGGCAGACCAUCGGCAUCUUUUACGGCACCUUCAAGGAAGCCUCGUUCCAAAAGCAGAUGAAGGAGAACCGAAAGAUCGAAGAGCUCAUCCUCAUCUUUGUCACCACAGCACAGGCCAGCCUCAAGAAGCGUACGGCCGGCGACGAGUGGAAGCAGGAGCUCAACAACCAGGUCGGCCACUUUGUCACCAUCAUCCGCGAGUGUCUCAAGACCGUUAGCGGCGUGCCUCGCGAGCUCACAGACCGCCUCGAGGGCUACUCGUCCAAGCUCGCUCCCACAUCAGCUGCUUCCGCCAGUACGUCCACCAGCGUCACCGCAGGCUCCAACGGAUACUCGGCCGCCAAAGAGUACAUGAGCGCAGGCUCAGCCAGCAACAGCCGCCGAGCCAGCUCCGCGAGCGCUUUCCCGACAGCGUCCAAUCCACUCGCCGAGUCCAGCAUGGUCCGCACCGUCGGCACUCUCUUUUCCGUCGAUCUCAACCAGCUCAGCCAGGACGUCGAAUUCAUCAAGAAGAGCUGCACCGAGCAGGCAGCCAUGACUGAUCUAAAGCGAUGCGUCAAAAAUGUAAACCUCCAACAACCCUGGCCAGGGCGUCCAGACGACUUUGACUCGGAAGAGGCCUACCAGCGCUGGAGGGCGCAGGAGCUCGCGUCGCUCUCGCAGACCAUGAUGGAGAUGUGCCAGAACAACCCCGAACUUCUCAAGAGCACCUCAAACGAUGUGCCAGGUCUAUCGCCCGUCAGACCCAACCCGGCGCGGCCAGAAUCGUACAGCAGCGCGCAGGGCAGCAGCUCACCGGCCACCGAAGGCCCAACCGCCACGCCCGAUGCCGAGUUUGCCGCCCUCUCAGUCGACGGCAACGAAGACGACUCGUUCGUCUACAUUCCGCCCGAUCCCCGUGCCUACUACCACCGAGCACUCGAGAUCUGCAUCGACUACGACCUCGAGAUGAUCAAGCACCAGCCCGAGGAGGAAGAGGUCUCGCUCAGCAUCUUGUCCAAGAGCCACGCCGACCUGCUCACAGAGUGUGCGCUCCGCUGGCGUCUGUCCGCAUCCUUCCUCGGCGUCUCCAACCUGCACGUCAUCAAGGACAAGUACGAUAACGGCGAGGUGCCACUGGACUGCGUGUCCGAGUCGCUCACCACCGUGAUGCGCUUGCUGUCCGAGCACGAAUUUGCCCACUGGAUGCGUUUGGAUCAGACGUCGCUCGUCAGGCUCUACACCGCGCUCUUUGAGUCCUUCAUCCGCUUCCUCUACGAGACCUUCCAGGACAUCCACAACGUCGAGACCGAAGAGAUCCAGCCCUACCUCACCAUGCUGCAGGACCUGCAUUCUUCCGGCUUCGUUCGCAGGGACAAGCGUCUUGACGCCGAGCCCGUCGCCAUCGAGUCGCACGUCGAAGAGCUCAAAGACGCCAUCCGUAUCAUGGCCAUCCACGAGUACACUGCCAAGACCACCGAGCUCUUCUCGCAAGUCGUCACCAACGAGGUGGUGCCGCUCGUCCAGCUGCUCGAUUGGCUCGAAAAGGGCGCAAAGCGCCUCGACAAGAGAUACCCCGAGCCCGUGCUGGGUUCGGUCGAUCCGGUCUCGCUCCUCCUCGAAAAGCAGGUUCCGCUCUUCCUCGACGAUCUCGAGUCGAUGAAGCAGCAGGUGGUCGACCACGCCACGCGCGAGCACGAACCUUUGGCGUUCGAGGACAUCUUCACGCUCUAUAAUCGGGUCAAGGCGCUCCUCCGCAUGUACCAGGCUUUCUGCUCCGACUCCGAGCUCAGCUUCAGCAUCACAGACUGGUUCGAGCCGCACAUCCGACACUGGCUCAUCAACUCGGAGAAGAAGACCGCCGAAUGGGUGCACAAUGCCAUCGCCAAUGACAGCUUCACGCCCAUCGAGAGCGAAGGUGCAGUGCACAGCAGCAGUAUCGACGAUCUCUUUGGAGCUUUGCAGCAGCCGGUCGACUUUAUCCUGGGGCUCAAGUGGCCGCAUGCUUAUCAGAACGCACGCUUCCUCACGACGCUCGCCAAGAUCGUCAGCCGCGCCGUGGAGCAGUACUGCAGUCGCGUGGAGGAGAUGUUCAUGGAGGAGAUGUUCCCGCGUACGGCCGAGGACCAGGAUAUGGCGCAGAAACAGUCGGCGUGGAUGGUCAAGGCCAAGCAGACGCUGGCGGGAGAGAAGAAGGUGGAGCCGUUCCACUUUCAGGCGACAUCCUGCGUGCGUCUGAACAACAUCGAGGCCGCGCGUGUGCUGCUCGACAAGCUCUACCAAAAGAUCGAUGCCGACAAGCAGGCCGAGAUUGUCAAGCGUCAUGCGCCCGAGGUGGCCGACAAGCGCAGCCGCGACCGCUUCAUCUUUUCGAUCAAGAUCGUGCUGGGCGAGAACUUGCAGCCGAUCCGCGACUCGAGCAGCAAUCCUCGCAUCGACUCGUUCGUCACGCUGAGCGACGAGCGCGGACAGAAGAUCGCCAAGACACGCACGAUCUACGAGACGUCCGAGCCGCGGUGGGACGAGGUGUUUGACGUGCACGUCGAGCAGCCCAUGUGGCUGGCUGCCACCGUGUGGGACCGCAAGCUUGUCGGCGAUCACAAUCUGUGCGGACGCGCGUAUCUGCGGCUCGAUCCGCGCUACUUUGGCGAUUUCCUUUCGCACGAGCUGUGGAUGGACCUCGACACGCAGGGCCGUCUGCUGAUGCGCGUGAGCAUGGAAGGCGAGCGCGACGACAUCCUGUACCACUUUGGGCGUGCCUUCCGCUCGCUCAAGCGCGCCGAGAGCGACAUGGUGCGCAUCAUCGUCGACAAGAUGUCGGUGUUCAUCCGACAGUGCCUGUCGCGCUCGCUGCUCAAGACGCUCGUCAAGACGAGCGGCAUCAAUCUCGACAAGGCGAUCGGCAAUGUCAAGGCGCUGUACGCGUCUGCGCUGGCCAGCACCAACGCCAACGCGUCAAUGAUUCCGCCGGUGGAGGCCGAGGCGAAGCCCAAGAACCGGCCUGCGCAGCUGACGGACCACGAGAUCGAGGCGGCCAUCACGCCGCUGCUCGACUAUCUGGACGAGUGUCUGGCGACGCUCAAGGGCAGUCUGUCCGAGGAUGAGGCGCUGCUGGUGCUGACCAAGGUGUGGAAGGAGGUGCUCAACAUCAUCGAGUCGAUCCUCGUGCCGCCGCUGUCCGAUGCGCCAUCGAGCAUGUCGCAGCUUUCGGACAAGGAGGUGGACAUUGUGUUCAAGUGGCUCGGCUUCCUCAAGAACUACUUUAACGCUUACGACGCCGAGACGGGCGUGACGCACGGCGUGCCGCUGGACGUGCUGCAGGGCGUCAAGUACCGCGAGAUCCUGUCGUAUCUGCUGCUGCACGACCAGUCGACGGACGAGCUGAUGAUGGAGUGCGUGCGCGGCAUGCAGGCCAAGAUGCGCCGUGCGGGCACGCAACGGCGUGCCAAGAACAAGUCGGUGCUCAACCAGCGCUCGCUCGGCACCAUCAAGAAGCGCAAGCAGGAGAAGAAGGAGGACGACUCGGAGGCGGCCGCCAACGGCUCGCUCGACAUGGCGAUGAAGCUGCUGCGCAUGCGCCCGGGCACGGGCGACUUUUUGCAGCAGCAGAUGGCGACGAUGCACACGCUCCAGCUUGCGGUUGGCGGCAGUCCGGCGCGCAGCUCGGUCGCGGGCAGUGCGCCCGGAACGCCCGGAAGCGGCGGCAUGCGUCAGGGGAUGGGGCCGAGGAGGGAGAGCAGGUUGCCGCCCAUGCCACAAGCGGGGCUGGCGAGUGCGGCGCCAAUCACGUCCAACGGCGGCGCGCCCAAGCAGGGCUAUCAGCUCAGGGACGAUGCACCGGCUGGAAGCGCAGCGGUGCCCGCCGGCCCGCGUUCGCCUGGAGGCGACCAGAGGAACUCGGCGUCGUUCUAUGGGACGCAGGUGCCCGACACGCCCACACGGCGCAGCUCGAGACAGAUCGGGGGGCGCAGCCCGUACACGGAUCUGAAAAAUAGCAGGUCGCCUGGCGCCCACGAUUCGGUGUACAACCGCAUCUCGCGGCAGCUGUAA